GGGGGGAGCCGCGGGUGCGAGUACCGGGGCGUACGAGAGGUACCUGCUGCUGUGUCUGCUUUCAGUGGCUGCCUGGCCCGGCGGUCUCGGUCCCCAAGCCGAGUAUGAAGAUCACGAGGCAGAAACACGCCAAGAAGCAUCUUGGCUUCUUCCGCAACAACUUCGGAGUCCGCGAGCCAUACCAGAUCCUGCUGGACGGCACCUUCUGCCAGGCGGCGCUGCGAGGCCGCAUCCAGCUUCGCGAGCAGCUGCCCCGCUACCUCAUGGCGGAGACGCAGCUGUGCACCACCAGAUGUGUAUUAAAGGAGUUGGAAACCUUGGGAAAAGAUUUAUAUGGGGCAAAACUGAUUGCACAAAAAUGUCAGGUUCGAAAUUGUCCUCAUUUCAAGAAUGCAGUGAGUGGAUCAGAAUGUCUGCUCUCCAUGGUGGAAGAGGGAAAUCCUCAUCAUUAUUUUGUGGCAACACAGGAUCAGAAUUUGUCUGUGAAAGUAAAGAAGCAGCCUGGAGUUCCUCUCUUGUUUAUUAUUCAGAACACUAUGGUCUUGGAUAAACCUUCUUCCAAAACAAUUGCGUUUGUUAAGUCGGUAGAGUCAGGUCAGCUUGUCUCAGUGCAUGAGAAACAAAGUAUCAAACAACUCAAAGAGGAACAGGGCUUAGUAAAAAACCCUGAGCAGAGAAGAACAAAAAAGCGCAAGAAAACAAGUGGCCCCAAUCCUCUUAGUUGCUUGAAAAAAAAGAAAAAGGCACAGGGCACACAACCAUCUGCUUCUGAAAAGAAAAGAAAAAGAAAAAGAAUCCGGAACAGAUCUACCUCAAAAGCACUUUCUGAGCAGCAGAUUACAGAAGGAUGAGAAUCCUAUGGAUACUUUCAAAGACAUUCAAAUGCGAAAAGAGAGUUUAUUUUUAAGCUAUAGAAGUAUUUAUAAUAAAAGACUAAACUUAACUUUUAUAAGUGAAUAUUGACCCAUAUGCUUUUGCCAAAAAUUAUUUGUAAGAUAAAAAUAGUGGAUGGGUUUAGGUGUGAUAUAGUGCUCACGUUCCUUACUUAGUGGUUUUGGGAGGUGGUUUUCAAUGUAAAAUUAUUGUCUCCUGUCUCUUCCUCAUAUCCACCUUCCUUCAAACAUAUGUAAAUAGCUUAAAAAUCAAAUGGUUCUAAAAAGCUGUGAUAAAAAAGACAAAGUCCCUCUUUCACAUUCACAGAGGAGACUUCCACUUUGAACUCUUCCAGUGGUGGUAGAAUUUGCCUUUAUAUUUCCAAAUUAUAUUAUUAAUAGUGCUACCUUUUGAGCCAUCCAUUGUUUAUUGACUUUCUUGAAAGAAUGAAAAUUUUGCUCACUUACAUUCACUGAUUUUUCCAAUGUGAAUAUUUUAAUCUUUAUGUAUCACAGAUUUAGUAUUUUUGUUAUUAUGAGGAGGGUUGAUUGAUAAUGUUCAGGGUUGUUCACUGCUGAACUGAGUAGUAUGCUGUGAUUGCAUUUAUUAACUGUUUUAUAACUCCAGAUGUAAUAAUGACCUCAUUUUAGUGAUUGACUACCUUGUUGCAUUCUCCAAUACAUUUGUGAAGGACCUCACCAUGUAAUUUUCCAUAUGGCCCUGCCCAGCAGGUGAUAUCAGUUCAUUUUUUUCUGGAAAUACUUCUGGAUUCCUCUGAAGUCCUCCAGUGUAAGAGGUUUUCUGCCCAGCAUGUUGCCCGGCCAUCAACUGGGCACUUCUUGCCUUGUCCAGAUAAUUUACUUUUGUCACUUUUUGCUGUAGGGGAUCAUACAGUGCUUAGGAAAUACAUUUUUUGAGCCUUCAGUGUCUCUAUCCUCAUGUUCGUUGCACUGACAGUCUAGCAAAGUAGAAGAUUCUUGGUUGACAAUCAUUUUACAUUGUAUCCCUUAAGAACCCUUUGGUGGUUUACAAUGUGCUGUGGAAAAAAUUUUUUUUGACUUUUGUUAAGUCCCUUUUGUUCUAUAAGGGUGAUUAUUUUCUUUAAGAUGCAAAUGUUCACUUCAGUAGCAAGAAUUCUAAAGUAAUAUUCACUUUAAAGUUAAUUAUGAAUAUGUUGAGAAGUGUCUACACUAGCCAAAGGGUCAAUUCAAUGAACUGAAUAAUCAAACUCGUCUUAGCUCCUCCAAUUGUAUUAUCAAUCAGGCCAAAAUUAAAAAGUUUUUGCAUUAUAAGACUGAAGUAUAAAGUUGAAAAAGUGAAAUUUUCCCAGUAGCUCCUGACUUGGAACUUCCUGUGACAUCUUAGAGCAAUGAUUUUCAGUCUACCAUUAGAUUACCAUGAUCAGGAGAGUAGUACAUCAUGAAUAAGUUCUUAUUAAUGGUUAAAUGAUGUUUCUAAAAUGUGAGACAAUUCAAAUAUUCUCAGUUCAAUUCAGAGAUGCUUUUGUGGUGGAAAGUGGAAUUACAGCUUUACUCCAGGGAGUGACAAUUAUAUGCAAGCCAAGGUAGUAUUUAGAUUGCAAUUUCAUGAUUCUGCUUCAAUAAUUUAUUAUUGACAGGAAUAUUUUUAAUAAAGAAGAUGAAAAAUACUAGUCAUGUAGUUUCUGUGAGGAAAGAUAACAUUUGUCAAUGACGAGUUGGGGUCACCUAAUCAAAUGCAGACAAAAUGAUAAAGCAGAUGAGAUGUAUACUGAAAAUACCCGUUUCAAGGUGCUAAAAUGCAUAUAUUUUAGGUAUUCCUCUUGUUGAUUUAUACUUAUUUGGUACCAAUUGCCUGUUUGUUUGUUUGUUUUUAAAGUUGUAUGGUACAAUUCAGGAUUAGAAAUACAAAUGAAUAUUGUAAAGUUUGUACCUUGCUUUGGGCCCCACUUUGUGGUGGCCUGUUAAUAGUGUCUAUGAAUUGUAAAGCUGGAAAAAUCCACUCAUUUCUAUGAAAGUAAUUAUUAAAGUGCUAAGAAUUAUA